CAUCCCUUAAGGUUUGGAUCAAAAAAAUCGAAGACGGCGACUCCCGAAUCUAUUCCAAAAAGUGUAUACUUAUUGGAUGAGCCAGACGUUGAAGAUGACGAGGAAUACAGCUUGACGGAGUCGAUGAUUAUCUUGAAGGGAGAGUGCGAUCUUUAUUGCGAUGCCGAUGAAAAUGGCAUACGAUCAGAAUUGGUUAACUUGUUUAAAACAAAACUUCCAUUCAUAACAAAUGGCGAUUUCGACUUUGUCAGACGUGAUAGGAAUAUUAUCUCUAGUCCUGUAGUAAAGAAGGAACAUGUGUGGGAUUUCAAACAUGUAAGACAUCUUUGCGGAGCUGGAGGCUUGUAUAUCAGACUCAAUGUAUCCAAAGACACACUAGUCGAGGAUGAGGAAGGUAGUAUCACCGAGACACCAGCUCCUGCUCCAAGUAAAAGUUUGCCUUCGAUCAGUGCUGAGGCUAAACCUAGUGGUUUACAUGCUUUUAGUGGCUCUCCCAGAACACUACAUCAGAUGCUGGCCUUAGUACUGUUUGUAGUGAUGACGACGAGAAUGAAUUAAGACCUUCAGGGGCAAUCAAUUCAUCACUUAUAGAUCAACAGAAAGUGGAUAACCUUGCUUCAAUCUUUCCUAGGAUUCCAAGAGAUGUCAUUGAAAGUGCUGUGAUGACCUGUGGCAGUUUGAACUCUGCUGUAAAUGUUCUUUUACAGUACAAUACAGUAGGCAAUGACCCUGUUGCUAUUAUUGAUGACGACCACACUCCAGAGAUCUCAAGUGGACAAGAAACUCUUCCUCAUAUGCUGCAACGUUUAAGGUCAAAGAUGCAGCCAAGGGGGACUCGUGAAAAGAUCAAGGUUGAUCAAGAUGAUCUAGUGAUGGAUGUUUAUAGCUUCUAUAAAAGUCCUGACUUUGACCCUACUAUUCCUGUUUUUGUGUUACUAAAGGGUCAGCCAGCUAUAGACAGUGGUGGAGUAUUACGGCAGGUAUUCAUCUAG